AUGAGAAGGGGAUUAAAAAAAAUACAAGUUCAUCAUAAAGUAACAAAAAUUGACAUUCCAAAAAUUAUGCCUAAAUACAGAAAAAAUGUUGCUAGAAUUCAAGAGAAAAAAUUUGCAAAAGAUCUUGUUCGAGAGAUUAGUGGAUUUGCACCAUAUGAAAGUAAAGCUAUCAGCAUUUUAAAGUUAAAAGAUAUAGCUAGGGCUACAAUAUUUUUAAAGAGACGUUUGGGAUCUAAUAAGCGUGCUUUAAAAAAAAUGAAAGAAUUACAGGCAGUUGCUAAUGAAUAA